AAUCCUUCAUCUUCUUCCAUUUUCUAUAUUCAUUUUAUACUCCUUUGCACCUUCUUCUCAUCAUUGGAAUCGAUUUGGAGUAAAACCCACUCUUUUUUUUUUUCUGUUCUUCUCUUCCUCUCUUGAAACCCUCGAUUAAUCUAUGUGCUUUGACGCCCAUCUGUUUGAUUAAAUUUGAGGGUUUUUCUUUUUCUUUUUCUUUUUCUUUGUUCUUUUUUACUCGAUUCCUAUGGCUUUGCUUUCGAUUUUGGCGGAGAUUUUGGGGAGACCCAGAAUUGCUGAUGUGCUUAGCGAGCUUAUGAUCUUGAUUGCUCCUCUUUGGAUUGCGGUUAUUGUUGGGGUUUUGGUGGGGUGGACUUGGAAACCGAAAUGGGCUAAUUUGGGAAGAGAAAUGUUGGAUUCUUCAGUUUCCGAUGAUUCUAAGUCGACAUCAACUUCUUUUUCAUUGUUGGGAUCAUUUCCGAGCUUCAAUUCCUUGAAUUUUCAGAUGCCCAGCUGCAUACUUAGCUCCUUCGAUGGAAAAGAUGAGAAGGAAGCUUCCUCCCCGCCGUCAAGUUCUGAGUCUGAUUCCAGGUUUUCGACAGGAAUUGAAGGAGAAAUUUUGAGAGUUGUGAAUGAAGAUGAUUUGGAGUACAUAUGUAAGCUAGUUGAAGAGAAAGAUGGAGGACCUGCGUGGAUUAAAAUGAUGGAUCGCUCUACUUCAAAUAUGAGUUAUCAAGCAUGGAGAAGAGAUCCUGAGACUGGACCUCCACAAUAUAGAAGUAGAACAGUGUAUGAAAAUGCGACUCCAGAGAUUGUGAGGGAUUUCUUUUGGGAUGAUGAUUUUCGAUCAAAAUGGGAUGACAUGCUUAUAUCUGCUACAACUUUGGCAGAAUGCCCAACAACAGGAACCAUGGUAGUUCAUUGGGUGCGCAAGUUUCCUUUCUUCUGUAGUGACAGAGAGUAUAUAAUUGGGCGACGAAUUUGGGAAGCAGGACGAUCAUAUUACUGUGUCACAAAGAGUGUACCAUGUUCCUCUGUACCAAGACGCAACAAGCCAAGACGGGUUGAUUUGUACUAUUCAAGCUGGUGCAUUCGUGCAGUUGAAUCGAAAAAGGGGGAUGGACAGCUAUCCGCCUGCGAGGUUAUACUGUUUCACUAUGAAGAUAUGGGCAUUCCUUGGGAAAUUGCUAAGCUCGGAGUUCGGCAGGGAAUGUGGGGAACUGUUCAAAAGAUCGAUCCUGGGCUACGAGCUUAUCAAAAAGAGAGAGCAUCGAGUUCCGCCAUACCACACUGCGCCUUCAUGGCUCAGAUCAAUACUAAAGUUAAUGUAGACUACUUGAGAUCCCUAGAAAACAGCUCUCAUAAUGAUUCAUUGGAGGAUCGAAGCAGUUCAAGGUCAUCAGAAAAACCAGUUGGGAAGAACUUUCCCAAACUGCUUGUGGUUGGUGGAGCUAUUGCUUUAGCCUGUACUAUUGACCGUGGACUAUUAACAAAGGCAGUCAUAUUUGGAAUUGGUAGACGGUUUGCCAAGAUUGGGAGAAGAUUGUGAACUGAUGCUAGCAGGCUCAAGUUUUUUUUCCCUGGUCACAAUGCCUAUACAUAACAACCUGCUUAUUUGCAAUAGUUUUUUGUUUAUAUUUUUCAUUCGUGUUUGUCCCGGAUAGAAAGAGAAUAUAAUGUCAAUACCACCUAGGUGGACGGGAACAAAACUCGACUUUAUCGAGGCGUAGAAAUGAAAUGUCUUUAAGCAGCGAGGAGAAUGUGUAGGCUCUUAACUUUGUGCAUCAUUCUUCUCUUCAUCCUUCAGUGAAGAUGAUAAUGGUAGAUGUGGAUAUCAGUUGGUUUGUGAAUA